AAAAUUGUUUAAAGAGUGAAUUAAUAUUUUUUAAACGGAAUUCUUAAGGAUUUAUAAACUACUAACUAAACUAAAAAUCAAUAAUAGAGAACAAAGUGAAUGUGUCUUGUGAAAUAUCUGAUAACAAUAAUAAUUAGUGGUAUUUAAAAACGGUUCAGCUAUCAUUUAUUAUUUUGAAGAUAUAUACACAUAUAUUUUUCUAGUGUUAAGUCAGUGUCGACUGAGUUUCUUAUAAAGUUUAAUUAUUAACAUUAAAACUGAAGUGAAAAGUGAGCAAUUUGGUCUAUAUUGGAUUCAUACCAAACAUAAUUCUGUGCAUAACAUACUCCUGUCACCAAAUUUGGUGGACGUUCGGUCAUUGUUUGCUAUAACAUCAAAAUAUCUUUCGAAGAAGAUUGUAGGGCCGAUAGGCCCAUGGUGCAGAGAGGACCAUCUACAGAUGCUCCACUGGUUGCAUCUGGCCGUGAACCUAGAUUUGGUCUAGGCCAUUCUAGUUACCAAAGUGGAUAUAAUAAAUUAUUUACCCAGAGUUCCGCUGAUUCUAACUAUUCUCAACCCUCGUCCGAUCUGUCGCUUGACGAUGAAAAAGAAACACUUCGACGAGAAAGAGAAAGGCAUGCUCUAAGCCAAUUGGAAAAGGCGAGGGGUAAACCUGUAGCUUUUGCAGUACGGACGAAUGUUGCUUAUGAUGCUACAGUUGAUGAUGAUUCGCCAGUUCAAGGAAGUGCCGUGUCAUUUGAAAUAAGAGAAUUUCUUCACAUUAAAGAAAAGUAUGACAACAAUUGGUGGAUUGGAAGGUUGGUUAAAGAGGGUUGUGAUGUCGGGUUUAUUCCAAGUCCAGUUAAGUUGGAACAUAUUCGUAUACAGAACCAGACGAGGCCAUCCAGAUUGUAUGGUACUAAAGUCUCUUCAGCAAAUAACGUAGGAGCUGGGGAAGCAAUGCGUGGUAGUACUCCACCAACACCUGGUGAUGAAUCCGAUUCCUUAGGCGCGAGUCGCCAAGGAAAAACUCCAAUUACGAAUUCAUUAAAUAAAGACAAGCGUAAGCCAUUUUUCAAAAAGCAAGAUACUGCUUCUCCUUACGACGUAGUUCCAUCUAUGCGACCAGUUGUUUUGGUUGGCCCUAGCCUUAAGGGGUAUGAAGUCACAGAUAUGAUGCAAAAGGCUCUUUUUGACUUUUUAAAACACCGGUUUGAAGGAAGAAUUAUAAUUACACGAGUAAUGGCUGAUAUAUCUCUAGCAAAGAGAUCUAUUAUGAACAACCCUACAAAACGCGCUAUCAUGGAACGGUCCAGCAGUCGGUCAGACUGUCUCACUAAGGUUCAAGAAGAAAUUGAACGUAUAUUUGAACUAGCGAGAACCCUACAAUUGGUAGUUCUUGACUGCGACACAAUAAACCAUCCUUCACAACUUGCGAAAACUUCAUUGGCGCCUACUAUUGUAUAUCUAAAAAUAAGUAGCAGUAAGGUUCUACAAAGGUUGAUUAAAUCAAGGGGAAAAUCUCAAGCUAAAAAUCUUUCAGUUCAAAUGGUUGCUGCUGAAAAACUAGCGCAGUGUCCCUCAGAGAUGUUUGAUGUGAUACUUGACGAAAAUCAACUGGAGGAUGCAUGUGAGCAUAUUGCUGAAUACCUAGAGAUGAACAUGGAUGCAGACAUGCCACUCGCUCCGAUGCCAACCAUUCGCUCGACUGUCCACGUGCCACGCCAAGUGGCAGCUCCAGUUGCGGCGGCCCCAGUUGCGGCUGGCCCAGUCGCAGCUCCCCGAACCACCACAUCAACGGCUCCUCGUAGUGGAACGCGAGCACUGCCAUCAACGCCCAUAUCAGCAGCAGAGCCGCAACGCAUCCGGUGCCCAAUAUGUCAUCGACCGCACCGGUUGAUGCACUGCGCCAUUUUUAAAGGUUUGCCACCACAACAAAGGCUGCGCGUCGUCCAGGCACACGGCCACUGCCUCAAUUGUCUGCCACCUACCCACACUACCCAGGAGUGUACCUCGGGAAACGUGUGCCAGAUAUGUAUGUGGCCUCACCACACCAUGCUGCACCGAACCACCAGACCCGACAUCGGUCAACAAUCUGGUAGCCACCACCGUGGUGCAGUACGAAAACCGCCAAUAAGCCGGAAUGAACGAUCGCGUCGACAGCCAACCACAUCAUCCACCCGGCGGCAACAGAAUGGGACGUCGACCCGACGCCAGCAACAAACGCCCCGUCCGCGCCGCACCUCAGGCCUAAGCAACGUUGUAGCCACGCUCCAGCAGUUGCAACGACUUCUAGGUUGAAAUAUUCGCCUAGGGGGGCCGGGAUGGCUAAAUGAGCUUCAGUCCCCUGCCCCACCUGACACAUAACCAACACCGAACACCUAACCACAACAAUAAUCCAGAACACUCUACACUCACCGCAUCAAAAUAUAUGUACGUCACUAGCACUCUUCAUUCACCACACUCAUCUCUACACCACCUACAAUCCACAUCACACAUAACUACUUUGCCACUGCAUUUUUCACCUCAACCAAAAGGGAACAAAAGG